AUGGACACUGUAACUGUCGCAACAAAAGCUCAGAUCCUCCGUUACGUAACCGCAUUCGUCAUCGGCGUGAUUCAUCAAUCAGAACUCCGGCGUCAUCUCAUUGAAACUCUCCGCCGUGAAACUCCUGUAAAUCAAGUAAACCUAAAACAAUUGAACCUCGCUGCAGACGCUCUCGAAAGUGCCAUUUCGUACUCUAGUUCCUCUAUUCGUUCCUCUUCUCUCUCCCUUGCCGAGAAGCUUCUCCUUCCUCUCACUGAUUAUCCUCUCUCUUCUUUCAUUCUCUCCCUCAUUCUUAUCCUUCGUAACCGCUCUGAUGAAUCCGCCAUUAGUCUUCUUCAAAUCUUCCAUUCUAAUCCUUCCUUCGCACGAUCUGAAUUAGCACCAUCUCUCUACGAGCGCCUAUUUUAUAUCCAUCUCUUCCCUGUUUUCCGAUGGUUCGAUGAACAGAGAACGCUGAUUUUGCCAUCCACUUGUGUAACCACGAGUGACUACUCCGACGAGUUAGUGGCUAUGCCUUACGCAAAGUUGUUGUCGAAUGUGAGCGGUGAACAAGCCUCAAAGCUGAGGGAGUUGGAAAGAGAGUACGAAGAGGUUCUAGAUGAGAACUGUAGGGUUCUUGCUUUGUACUUUAAAGAGGUUUUGAUGAAUAAAGAUGAAGAUGUGGAGGUUACUCCACCUUUGCUAAUAUUGAAGAGCGCUGCUGAAGAUGGCAAUGGUGGUGGCGGAGAGAACAAAAUGGAAGAAAUGCAAAUGCCUGUGUUGGAGAACGGACGGUAUAAUCCAAUGUGGUCCGAAAGGGAUAUGUCUAUUGAAUAUUUGAGCAGCAAUUCCAGCAGUAGAUCCUCCCAGGCACCAUUAUAUCCUCAAAGAGUCUCUCCCAGAGUCCUCAAUCCCCCAAAAUCUUCAAAAUAUUGGACAACACCAGUCUAUUUAAACUCGGCCCCUGAAACUCAAUUUUCUUUAGAUGAGAAUUCACUUUGUUCUUCUUCAGAUUCUGAAGCUGAAAAUGAGGAAAAAGACAAAAAUAUAGCAUUGUUGGAGCCUCAACAAAGCCAAACCCAGGAACAAAUGCUAGCCAUCUUAAAAGAAUCCAUGGGCUCCCCAGAUAAUCCAAUGGCAGAUUACGAAAACACGCUGCUGAGUGGAAGUGGGAAACAAACGCCUCCUAAAGACUUUGUCUGUCCGAUAACCAGUAAUAUAUUUGAUGAUCCAGUGACUCUUGAGACUGGUCAGACAUAUGAACGUAAAGCUAUUGAGGAAUGGUUCAAUAGAGAGAACAUAACUUGUCCCAUCACUCGCCAGAAGCUGCAAAAUACCAAGCUACCUAAAACAAAUUAUGUGCUCAAAAGACUAGUUGCCAGCUGGAAAGAAUGCAACCCCAGUUCAGUCCUUCCAACAUGUGAGAGUCCAUCCAAAGAUAACGAGGAAGAAGUAAAGACAACAAUGCCUUCAGCUUCUCCUAAUAGUGUUAUAACACAAGCCACUGUUGAUGGGGUGAUUAGUGAGUUACGUAGUGCAAUCAAUAACCUGUACAUGUCAGAGAUUCUCCAGGAAUCUGAAAUGGCGGUUCUUCAAAUUGAGAAGUUGUGGAGAGGAGGGAAUCUGGGAGUGGAUAUCCAUAGCAUGCUAUCAAAACCUCCAAUAAUUAACGGGUUUAUGGAGAUACUUUUCAAUUCUGUUGAACCCCAGGUCCUACAGGCAGCAGUUUUUCUCCUGGCCGAGAUGGGAUCUAAAGACAAUGUUGUUAUUCAGACUCUCACACGUGUGGAUACCGACGUUGAAUGUAUAGUGGCUCUUUUCAAGAAAGGGUUGACAGAGGCUGUUGUGCUAUUGUAUGUCCUAAACCCAUCCACUGUGACUCUUACCGAGAUGGCCAUAGUGGAGUCCCUCAUAGCAGUUUUCAUUAAGAAAGAGGAAGACUUAGUUAAGACGUGUCUAAAUCCCAGAACCGCAGCGGUUCUUCUACUGGCACAGGUUAUUGGAAGCAGCGAUGAGAUAAUUGCGUCUUCGAUUGUCAAAACUAUGUUCUCUGAGAAAGCAAUUGAAGCUGUUGUUGGAAGUUUCGGAGCUGAAUGGGCAGAGGAGAGGAUUGCUGCCGUGGAGAUCUUAUUGAGAUGCAUGCAAGAGGAUGGAACUUGCAGGAACACCAUUGCAGAUAAAGCAGAGCUGUCUCCUAUUCUUGAAAGCUUCAUCAGUGCAACAGAUGCAGAACGUUUUAAGAUUGUUGAAUUUUUUUCUGAGUUGAUCAAAUUAAAUAGGAGAACAUUCAAUGAACGAAUUCUCCACAUUAUUAAGGAAGAAGGACCUUUUAGUACAAUGCACACUCUUCUUAUUUAUUUGCAGACAGCCCUUCAAGAUCAAAGGCCAGUCAUGGCCAGUCUUUUACUCCAACUUGAUCUUCUGGUUGAACCAAGAAUGAUGAGCAUAUACCGUGAAGAGGCGAUAGAUACUCUUAUUUCAUGCCUGGGGAACUCAGAUUUCCCUACUACACAGUUAGCAGCUGCUGAUACAAUCAUGUCACUGCAGGGGAGGUUCAACUCCUUUGGAGAGCCCCUUAUCAAAGAAGUCCUUCUUAAACGUGCAGGUAUUGACAAAAGUCCGAGAAGUGCUGUACAGGAGGAUCAUAUAAGCAACCUCUUUUCAGAAAUCGAAACAAUUCCAGAAGAAGAGAAAGCAGCAGAUGAUUGGGAAAGAAAAAUUGCGUCUGUUCUAGUUAGCCACGAGUUUGGUAUACUUUUUGAAGCUUUGGCAGAUGGCAUGAAGAGCAGAAUUCCAGAACUGCGUUCAGCUUGCUUAAUAUCUGCUACAUGGCUCGUAAACAUGCUGACCAUUCUACCAGAUACAGGGAUACAGGGAGCAGCCCGUGUAUGUCUGCUAAAGCAGUUUGUAAAUAAAUUAAAUUCUGCCAAGGACAUAGAACACCGAAUCCUUUCUAUGCUUGCUCUCAACAGCUUUCUUCAAUUUUCUGAUGGGGUACGUGAUCUAACUGCUUCCUACGCCAAGGAUAUCUUAAAAGGUUUGAGAGAGCUAAAGAGAUUUUCUCCCUUGGCAUCUGAAAUGCUGAACGUUUUGGUUGAUGAGAAUCAGUCUAAAACAGACAUUUGGAGACAUAAAGAGCUAAUUCAAGUAGAUUGCAGAGAUAAUGGAGAAGUGCUGUCUGUCAUUUGGUCCAAUGAUAAAAUUAUUUCAGGCCAUACAGAUGGAAGAAUCAAGGUGUGGACAUUAAAAGAUAACUUAUUACUUCUGUUGCAAGAGAUCCAAGAACAUACCAAGGCCGUGACAAACUUGACUAUUUCAGAAUCUGGUGACAGACUUUACAGUGGUUCACUUGACCGAACUGCAAAGAUCUGGUCUAUUGGAAAGGAAGCAAUUCAUUGCGAGCAGGUGCAAGAUAUGAAGGACCAGAUUCAUAAUUUAGUUGUAACCAGUAGCACAACUUGUUUCAUUCCACAGGGGGCUGGUGUCAAGGUACAGUCAUUAAAUGGAGAAUCCAAAUUGUUAAACUCGAAUAAAUAUGUGAGGUGUUUGGCUCAUGCUCAUGGAAGAUUAUACUGUGGAUGCCAUGACAGUAGUGUUCAGGAGAUACAUUUGGCCACUGGAACUAUCAGUAAUAUUCAAAGUGGUUCUAAAAAAUUGCUUGGGAAAGCCAAUCCUAUUCAUGCUCUGAAAAUUCAUGGUGAACUUAUAUAUGCAGCUGGCUCUUCCGUGGACGGAACUGCUAUAAAGAUAUGGAACAAUUCCAAUUACAGCAUGGUUGGAUCACUGCAAACUGGAUCAGAAGUGAGGGCUAUGGCAGUGAGUUCAGAAUUAAUAUAUUUGGGGUGCAAGGGAGGUGUUGUAGAAAUUUGGGAUAAGAAGAAACACAUUAGAGUUGAGACGUUGCAGUUGGGUACAAAUUGUAAGGUUAAUUGCAUGAGUCUAGACAGCAAUGAAGAAAUUUUGGUGAUUGGAACUUCAGAUGGCCAAAUUCAGGUAAUUAACGUUUUGCUUGAAUUUUAA